CUAAGCCUUAUCUCACACUGUCAUCCGACCACACCACCCACUUUCCCAGUUACUUCUGCUGCACAUGCAAUAUGAAUUAGAGUCACGAUUCGUGCCCAAGGCUAUCAGCCUUUGCGUCCUGAAAAGUCUUGGAGACCAAUUGUUUCUGUGGUGAACCCAAACCUCAGGGAACGUUUUAUGAUACAAGGUGCGGACGGCCGUUCUCGAGUGGACAUCAAUGUAUAUUACCAGGCGCCGAGCAAGAAGAAACGCAAGAAGCGGUAUCUAGUUGCAAAGGCUUCCUUGUCGCUUCAGGCUCUAUCUAAGUUAAGGGAUACUGCAAAUUCUUUAAAAAUACCGUUGAGCCCUGUAGUUCAGCCCUCUACGCGUAGGUUGGCUCGAGGUGGAACAUGUUCAGUUUCCCUUGUUGCUACGCUUGAGGUCCCUGAGACUCAGGCGAGACUCCACGUAUUACAAGAUUCAUUGACAUCAGAAGACCAAUACGACGAUGACUUUAAGUCACUUGGGCGCUCUUCACCGAGUUUGGAAUCAGAAUCAGAUAGGACAAGUAACUUUUCUUGUUCUAGUCGCGCUAUAACUCCUCCAGUCCCACCUGAAUUAUCCGGCAUACGCAUCCGCCGAGGAUAUACUUCGGACACAGAUGAUGACCGUCCACUCGACGAGCACACGAUGCCUGACUCGAGUGCUGUGGUCGAUGUUGUUUCCCUUGCGCCUUCCCUUUUACCCAGUUACACAGAACAGAUAUCUGUGGAUAAUUCGUUGACAUUUAUCGAUACCCUUGUCGACUCUUUCUCGCCUUAUUCUGAACUUCGAGAGGCUUGCAGUGACUCUCAGUACGAGCGUAUCUUGGAAAAACUCACAUCUGAAUGGUAUUUUGUGGGUGCAUCGGUGCGCUUGACGCGGCUGUGUUCGGCUUUUCGUCCAGCUCGUUAUUCUCCGUCAACUACUUUCGCCCGAAGCUCAAUAGCUCUGGGGAGUGUUGCUUCAGGCAUCGGCAUCGCAAUCGAUGGUUGGUUCCUCUUGGUAAAUUUGCUCGCUGAUGUAUACGGCAAAUAUCUGUUCUUUUGCAUAUCGUCGCGUCUUCCUGCUGUAUGCAUGUUUGUGUCAGCAUGCGCCUUAAUGGCCUUUUUACUUUCAGUUGCAUGGUCCGCUUGGCCCACUGCUGUGUUGGUCAUGUGUUUUAUCGCUGGCUCCCUGAUCAGCCUCCAGUUCAUCGUAUACGGGCUACACUGCACGGUAAUUUGUAUGACUGAGAUUUUUAGGAGAGCGCGCAGAGGAUUGAUGUGGUGUGUGAGGAGGCCGUCGAACAAUGUCUUGGAGCAUAAUGUUUCCGAAAAAUAGUGUAUCUUGAAAAGUUCUCUUGCUAGCAUCUGUAAUACACGUCGAUCGCGAUAAUAUAUUUUUAUGUUUUACAUUAAA